AUGCAAGUUGUUUCAAGGGGUACAGACGAACAUGGCUCUGAUAGCUGGAUCAGUUGGAGCUGGUUUUGCCAUUUCGGUCUUGCUAUGCUCAAUAGGUUGCUGCAUAUGGUGGGAUGGUUGGAAAAAAGGCAUAAGAACGGGUCAAUAUGGUUCAAGAGGGAAGAUCUUGACAGAGCAAUCAAUAUUUUUUCUGCCAAGAAUGUCAUUGGGAAAGGUCAGUUUGGCGUUGUUUACAAAGGGAAAUUAUCGACCAUGAUCGCAGUCAAGAAAAUCAUAGAUUCAGAUUUUCUAGGGGACACCGACUUUAUCCGGGAAGUCGAGAUCAUCAGCACUUUAAAUCCUACCAACAAAGACGAAGCUGAAUCCAAGUUCAGAUCCAUCAACGAGGCCUAUAGGGAACUCAGCCUUAAGAAAAGGGAAGAAGCAAAUGCAGGAAGUCAAAACAAGACAAAAAAGAAAAAAUCAGAUGAUGAAGAAUUGCACAUUUCUAGCCCCACACUUCUUUCACGUACCACAAGCCGGAUCAGCCCAAUGCCAAGUCCACGAGAUUUGUCAUACAAUACAAGCACAUCAAUGGAUUUCUAUGCCUCUCUUCCAAAAUCUCCAACGGGAGCUAGCAACCUGUCAGCGCCCACUACACCAAAGGAGGCAAACUCUCUCUCGAAAAUGGCCAGCCAAAGAACCGCGAUGCCUAUUAUUUUUUCACAAUCCACAGCUCGAAGAAAACCACAGCCUAUCGAGAAAAAGCUCAAAUGCACCCUCGAAGAAUUGUGCAUUGGAUGCGUAAAGAAGAUAAAGAUCACCAGAAAGGUCAUCUCAAACACCGGGUUAAUCUUAGAAGAAGAAGAAGAGAUACUAAUGAUAAAAGUGAAACCGGGGUGGAAAAAUGGAACAAAGGUCACCUUUGAAGGAAAAGGAGACGAGAGACCAGGAACCCUUCCUGCUGACAUAAUUUUCGUCAUUGAUGAAAAAGAACAUCCAUUGUUUAAACGCGAAGGCGAUGAUCUGGAGCUAGGAGUCGAGGUCCCUUUGGUUCAGGCCCUUACGGGAUGCACAAUUUCUGUCCCUCUGUUAGGAGGAGGCGACACGACACUGUCAAUAGAUGAUAUAAUAUACCCUGGAUAUGAAAAACUCAUACCUGGACAAGGCAUGCCUAAAUCCAAAGAAGAUGGUAGGAGAGGAGACCUUUGCCUCAAAUUUCUGGUUGAAUUACCAACAGAAUUGUCCGAUGAACAACGCAUAGAAGUAGUUAGCAUUUUACAAGAAUGUUUUUGA